GAGUCUUUAAUCCUCUCCGAUAGGCCGCAAAGCCCAUUCCUUUCUCCCCUUGCCGCAAUCCACUACUCCGCCACCGCCCCCGCCUCCGCCUCCGCCUCCGGCUGCGGCUCCGAUGGGGUACGUGCUGUCGGCGGUGGCGAGGGUGCUCGAGCAGAAGACGGCGUGGGGGGCGGCCUGCGAGAUGGCGCUCCUCGCCGGGCCGCUCUGGGCGGCGGCCCUCGUCGGCCUCCUGCUCGGCUGGGCCUGGCGCCCGCGCUGGGCGGCCGGCAUCGUCGCCACCGCCGACCCGCCGCAGUUCACCACGCUCGACUUCUGGAGGGGCCAGCUCCCCGCCCGCCUCCGCGGCCCUUUCGACUACUUCGCCGGCACCGCCACCGACGCGGCGGGGCAGCGGCAGCAGGAGGAGGAGACCUCCCUGCAAGGGUCAUCGGAGAUGGGGAACGAGGAGCUGGCGGUGGGGAAGGAUGACCUGGUGAACCUCUGGAGGCUGGUGGAGGGCAACGACGGUGGCCCGGCGUGGAUCAAGAUGAUGGAGAAGGCGCUGCCCAACAUGACCUACCAGGCCUGGAGAAGGGAUCCACCGAAUCGGCCUUCUCAAUACCAGAGCAGCACAAUCUUUGAGAAUGCAACGCCGGACGAAGUAAGGGACUUCUUUGGGGACGAUGAGUUCCGCAUGACCAACAAGUGGGAUGAUAUGCUUAUCUCUUACGAGACGCUGGAGGAGUGUCACACUACCGGGACGAUGAAAGUGCAUUGGGUUCGCAAGUUCCCUUUCUUCUGCAGUGACAGGGAGUACAUCAUUGCUCGCCGGAUAUGGAAACUUGGAGGCGCGUACUACUGUGUUACAAAGGGUGUGCCAUGUUCAUCCAUCCCGCGGCGCAGCAAACCUCGCAGAGUAGAUUUGUAUUACUCAAGCUGGUGCAUCCGUGCAGUGGAGUCAAGACGAGGGAAUGGUGGAUCUACUGCCUGCGAGAUUCUUUUGUUCCACCAUGAGGAUAUGGGCAUUCCCAACGAGAUUGCAAAGAUUGGUAUCCGUCAGGGCAUGUGGGGAUGUGUCAAAAGAAUUGAACCUGGACUUCGUGCCUAUCAGAAAGCCAGGGCUGCAGGGGAGCCACCUUCGAAGAGCGCUUUGAUGGCACGGAUCAAUACCAAGGUUGGUGACAAUUUUGUUCGAGCAUUGGAGUCCAACAGUGACCAAUCAGAUAUCAUGGAAGCCGAAGAGAAACCUGUGAAGAACCGCGUUGCGAGGUUCCUUGUGCUCGGUGGGGCUGUGGCUUUGGCGUGUACUCUUGACCAGGGGCUCUUGACAAAGGCUCUGAUCUUUGGCGUUGCACGGAAGUUCGUGGGGCAGAGGAAUGCAUUGUAAUUAUCUGAUCUUUCUCGCAAUCCUCUGAGCCAAUUUGCAUGGAGAGAAAGGAGAUGAUCUCGCUAACCAGUAGCACAUGCCAUUGACGGCAGAUGAAGUACAUUUGGUGGUGUACAUAUGCUGCCGGCAGCUGAUGGGAGGGAGAGGGAGAGGCAAUGUAGUAAAGAAAAAGUGUACUUUUACAUUUUGGAGAAGGGAAUCCCAGCUAUAUAUGAAUUUUAUCUCUGCUUAUUGCAACAAUCUUGUAUGUGAACUGGACCGCAGAACCCGUACAUCAGAAUGUAAUUACCUUUUUGUUCUCCA